CAUAAAGAACCCAAAAAGAAAUCAGGGAAAAAGAAUUGCGAUUAGCGUACACCAACUAUAACUUGCUAGCUAACUACAGAAUGAAGCUUUCAGGGAGACUGGGUUAAUGGCCAUCUAUGGUCCACACUCCAGUCCAGUUGGUGGCAGUAAUGCACCUACAAGUAUGGUUGCCAAUCGCCAAAUAAACUCCACAGAAGAAGAGGCGGAAGAUGAAAAAGCAGACGCCGCCGAAGCAGCAGCAACAUUAAUUAUGCUAUUCGAAGCCAGGUAGAUGACUUUCGUCGUCUCAGGGCUUUGAAAAACAGCGAUCCAUAGAGAAUCAUAGACAAGGAUGUCGAUUGUGAAAAGUGGCUUCCUCCAUCGACAGAGCACUAUACUACGGCGGUGGAAGAGGAACUGGUUUGACCUGUGGUUGGAUGGACGGCUGGUUUUUUAUGAUGACCAGCAAGAUAUGGAGGAUGAAAUUCACAUGAGAGUUGAUUGCAUCAACAUUCGUAGUGCAACUGCAUGUCACGAUCUGAAACCACCAGAGGGCAGGAGUCGCGAUGACCUCAUCCAGAUAGUCUGUAGAGAUGGACGGGUUAUCAGCGUUUGUGGAGACAACGCAGAUGAUGCUCUGGCGUGGACCAUGGCUCUGCAGGAUGCUAGAAUCAGCUCUGUGGUUGAUUCGCCUCAGGUUGUUGCUUCUGCCCCUCCACAUUCUGAAUAUGCUUCUCCACCACCGGUUUAUGUCCCGGGUGCUUAUGGAGGCUAUGCCCCAGUUCCCCCAGAGUAUGGCACGCAGAUUAUCUACUCAGCUGAUGGGCAGACCUAUGUAGUUGCGUACCCCUACCAGUACCAAGAAAUCGAGACUCAUCAGACCAGGCAACAUUCUUCCAGUCUUCCACUGUCCAAUUUUGGAUCAUAUCCUAUGAGGGAUCCCGAAGAGAUCAACCAGGUUAUUGUGCAUGAACGUCAACGUGAUGAUGGAGGAGACGUCGCUCUCAGCAUGCUCGCUGGAGCUGUGACUGGAUUAGCUCUUGCCUCUCUCUUCUCUGUCUUCUAGUGCCUUUAUAGGAACAACAAACAACAGCACCUUUCCCCAUCUGCCAUACGGUUUCCAAAUGUUGGCCCUACUGCAAAUUCAUCUCUCUUACCUUGUGAUAAACAUGGAGAACGUAUGUGAUGGUUGGGCUAUGUUAACCUCAGAGGCAUGAUUGUUUAGUGCCAGAGAAUAACUCAUUUUGUGUUCUUACCAAAGCUUUUAAUGUAGUAGUUCUCUAGUUCUUUCUAUUAGGCCCAAUCACGUGCAGCUUGCCUGUCCAAGUCUAGGAAGCAAAAGUCACUUGAAGAAUGUAUAGUCUUUGGACAAUAUUUAUUUGAUAGAAGAUUUGACAUUUGCUAGAAUCUGAUGUCACAUAUAGUAGACUGAAAACAACUCUGUCCUGCGAGACAUUUUUAUUCAGUGUGUAUGUGGUAAUGUUGUGACAACAUCAAAAAGAUUUUGUAUGGCUAUAUUGUCCAUGCUUUUUACUCUGAGAGGUUACAGAAUCAUUUGCAAGCAUUGGCCUGCUAGAAUGUAUUAGAGUACUUGAUAAUGAGAGGGCAUUUGUCAAAAAGCUAAGACUUAACUGAUAAUGGAACUAUGCUCCAUGACAAUAAUACAAAACACUAAAAAAACAAUAACCGCUCAAAAACAUAAAAUGGGUUAUGGAAUGAUGAAGUCAAGGCCCAGAUGUUAAUACUACAAAAACUGUUAGGGGUACUUGAAACUUCACACUGUUGCAGCAGUUUUGUAAGCUAUUGAUGUCAAUCAAUGCAAAUGUGUGGUCUUUAGCUUCUGAUUGGCUAAUCCUUAACUUUGCAGCAGUGGUGGUUACAUUGCAUUUUGCACAUGGAACUGUGGAUAGCAAAGCUAGCUUCAGUUGCUUGCUUCAUGUCGUAGUUGUAAGUUUUUUGUGAAAAUACAAUGACUGACAAUGCUUUAGCAAUCAGCCUAAUAUUGGCUACAUUAAUGUUAGUUAUUUCACACACAAUGCAAGUGGACACAUUUGAUCAUGAAAAAAGGUAUAAUAUUCUGAAAUGCACCUUCUUGAUAAAAACAUUAUAAAAUAAUUGUUUUAAUGAAAGAAGCCACUGGAAUUAAAUUAUAAUACCAUUUUUUCAAGUAACAUAAUGAAAAACAUUUCAUGAUAAUGAUAAUGUGGUACCACAUUAUCUUAAAAUAAAUGUAUUUACUCUAUUAACUAGAUAUCUGGCAAGCUAGCUGUUAUCUAGUUACCUGCUUAGAGUUCUGCUAUUUUCUAUUGGGAUUAAAUAAAAUUGGUUUCACUAGAUAUUUAUAAUCUUUAACUAUCUGCUAAUAGAAAUGAAGUAAAUGAAGAUGAAGAAAAUAUCCCUAUGUCCAGUUAUGUGGUGUAUUAUGUCCUGUGUUCUUUUUUCACUUUGCCUUAUAUUACUCUUGAUCUGUUGUUUGGUCAUAGUCAUUCCUUGAAAAUAAUACUAUAUUUGUUUUGGGGAAGUGAAUAUGGGAUUUGUUUUCUGCUUUACAACAGUGAUUAUUGUUUUACUUUCCUGUUACUUCCAAAACUCCAUUUUAUUUUAUUUAGGCACGUUUGAAUCUAUUUUCAGGCAUAUGUGUGUCUUAGAAUGUGUCUUAUGCGUUAUGAUAUUCUUAAGUUUAAUAGCCUUAAAACCCCUUGACUUUUCAAUUGUUUAUAUUUGUAAUGACAUUUUGUACCCUGUAACUGAUACGUAUGGUAUACCGUUCCAUGAAAAUUUUGCUAUCUUUCUGAUUCUCAAAUGUUGCAUAUUUUGUCAUUGAAUGUUUUCAGAUCUUCAUCCAAAGCCUAAUAAUAAAUAAAGGGAACCUAAGUGAACAAAUUUGUAAACGUAUUUAAUUAAAGUUUUGCAAAACAUAA